UGCUACAUGGAACCAAAGCUGAGCAAACGCUGAGUGUCUGUUCCCUGGGAGACACUCAGUCACAGAUGUUUGUAGAUGCAUAAGGAGAUCUGCGCUUACUCUCACUGGCAGGCGGUAGAUAACGUGCUGUGAUAGGUUGGACUGAAGUGGAAGGGCUGAAGUGAAUUGAUGCUUUGACACUGGAACUGUACACUGAGCAGAAUGACUCUACUAGGCUCUGAACAUUCCAUUCUGAUCCGCAGCAAGUUUAAAUCAGUCCUGCAGUUGAGACUCCAGCAGAGGAGGACACGAGAACAGCUCGCAGACCAGGGCAUCAUGCCUCCCUUGAAGAGUCCGGCUGCAUUCCAUGAACAGAGAAAAAGUCUUGAGCGAUCCAAGGUUAGAACUACUGGAGAUUACUUAAAACACAAAAUCAGAAGUAGACCGGAGAAAUCUGAACUUAUCAGCAUGCGAAUUCUACAAGACCCGGCCAGUGAAGGCCCCGCACAAGACUCGCAGACAAAACUUAAGCGUGCCAGGCUCGCUGACAACCUUAAUGAGAAAAUAGCUCUCAGACCAGGCCCACUGGAGCUGGUGGAGAAGAAUAUCAUUCCUGUUGAUUCAACUGUUAAAGAGGCGGCUAUGAAAGGGAACCAUGGGAAGUACCCCAAGCAUGAGGACUCAUAUGCUUUUGAGGAAGACAGCAGCAGUGACAGUCUCUCUCCUGAGCAGCCCCACAGUGAAGAGUCACAGGGCUCUUCCGAUCCCCUCCCAGAGAACAAGACUAGUGGUUCGCCCUCCCCUACACUGACCAGCAUUUGCCAGGGAUCUCAGAACAAAGACGCCACUAAUCAAAACCAAGAGGACAACGCACAUGUGACGAAAAACCAGGCAACUCCACCAAUACCAGUCCCUGCAAUUGUCAAGGAGUCCAAAAUGUCCGACAAGAACCGCCACAAGAAGCCCAAAGAUAUCAAGCCUAAAGUGAAGAAACUCAAGUACCACCAGUACAUCCCACCAGACCAGAAGGCAGAGAAAUCUCCUCCUCCACCCAUGGACUCUGCAUAUGCUCGUCUUCUGCAGCAGCAGCAGCUCUUCCUGCAGUUACAGAUUCUCAGCCAGCAGAAACACCAGCAUCACUCUCACCCCCACCAGCACCAGUAUCCACAGAGCCAGAGCUUUAGCUACCACACCUUGAACCAACACACACCAAAUAAGCAAUCAAGUGAACAACAAACAUCAUGUUGUUCAAAUGGACCAACUAGUGGCAUUAACAGCAGCUCCUCAUCUCCUGUGAAGACCACCUUCUGCAAUGCCACCUGCCUCACCCCAGUCAGACCAGGGCCUUUGCCUGCUAACCUAGAUGACUUGAAGGUAUCUGAGCUAAGGCAACAACUGAGAAUACGCGGCAUGCCUGUGUCUGGCACUAAAACAGCUCUAAUAGAAAGACUGCGACCCUUUAAAGACUCCAGCUCCAGUUCUCCAGCCAGCUCUGGAGACAUCAGCACUGUAACCUUCCCAGUGACCCCCACAGGAUCUCUUUCAUCCUACCAAUCCACAAGCUCCUCAAGUGUCAUGUCUCACGGUGGUGGCUACUACCCCUUCUGCAGCACAAGCUCCACCCCACCCAUCUCACCAGCCUCUUCUGAUCUCUCUGUCAGCGGCUCCCUACCUGACAGCUUCAGUGAUGUCACAAUGUCUUCUCCACAAUUUGGCCUUCAGCUCUCCCCUGCUCAGCUGAGCACGGAUGAGGGCCAGAGCAUGGCGAGUGCCCUAGGAUCAGGUUGCCUGCGUGGGGAGACCCAGGCAGGUCUAGAGCCCCUGGGCCUAGAUGCAGAGAAGGACAAGAUGUUGGUGGAAAAGCAAAAGGUGAUUGAGGAGCUCACAUGGAAGCUCCACCAAGAGCAGAGGCAGGUGGAGGAGCUGCGGAUGCAGCUUCACAAGAGGAAGCGUGCUCACAGCCUGCAAGAAUGCCCUGCCCUACCACCAGUACCACCAUCACAACAUCUGAUGCAUCUCCAGCCACCAUCCCAGAUGCAGCAGUUUUAUGGCGUGUCUGUCAAACAGGAGCAUGUGGUUUCAAGCUGCCCUCUUUCAUCUAAGCAGCUGAAAGGAGGCCCAAGCAAUACCUGCAUGGAAGGGAUAGGUCACUGUAACCUACACAAUGCUUCUCACUGCCUCGAGGUGCCCUCCUCUGGAAGCCCUGCAGGCCUCUCAGCCUUCCUAAGCCCCCAGUGCUCUCCUCAAGAUUCCCCUGUCACCAAAAAUUCCAGCAGCCCCCAGCCUAGCAGCUUGCCUUCCUCCCCCAGUCAUCCCUAUAUGCUGACCCCUCCUCAGGGCAGAGAUGGCUGCUCUCACCCACUUCCUCAAAAUGGACCCAGACCAUGCAAUUUGCAGUUACAACAGAAAAAUGUUGGACAAACUGUGAGCUGCUCAUAUCCAUCUGACCAAAGAAGCAUGCAGCCUGUAUACCCAAGCCCUGUGGAGAGCAACUUAAACCCCACAGCGUCAUCCAAGGCCAAGAGUGCUAGCAUACAGCAAAAGGAGGCAAUUUUGCACUCUCCCAGGCACGUUGACCCAAAGUCUCCCACCACUGCCUUCUGUAGUUCAGAUUCUUCUGCAUCCAACACUAAACAGCCCCCAUGCUAUGAGGAUGCUGUAAAACAGCAAAUGACCAGAAGCCAGCAGAUGGAUGAACUUCUAGAUGUCCUCAUUGAGAGUGGAGAAAUGCCAGCUAACGCCAAAGAAGAGCGGCCCCCUGUAACCAAAGUUGUGCCUCACCUUACAGUUUCACCUAACGGAGUGACCAUAUCCAGGUUUCACAGACACUACAGUCACAUGGCACCCAUCCUGCUUCCAUACGAGCAUGCUGCAGGGCACGGGGACGGCCACCUGGAUGCGCUACUGAGCCCUAUAUCCCACCAAGGGGAUUCAGUCCUUCUAAAGAUGGGUGUUGAGGAAGGACACUUGGAGGAGGUUGGGGAAGUCUUUACCGGACCCCAACAUGACGAAAAGUUGCUUAGCAAUCGUGAUAUGAUGGACUCACCUUUGACGCCCAUGGCUACCAAAGUGUCACCGGUUGCUGUAGAUAGCCAAGGGCUCGGAAUGACAUUUACAGAGUCGCCGUGGGAAACUAUGGAAUGGUUGGACCUGACCCCACCCAGCUCAGCUACAACAUUUAAUAACAGCAUGCCUCCUCCCGGACCCAGCAUCUUCAACACAGAAUUCCUUGAUGUAACGGAUAUCAACUUGAACUCUACAAUGGAUCUACACUUAGAGCAUUGGUGACAAGCAAGAUGACCAGCAAAAUACCAGCAAAUGUUAUCACUAUGCACUUCAACAUCAUAUUUCAAUACACAGAGCUUUUCCAAAACACACUGUGUGCCCAAUUAUUAGGCAAGUGAGUAUUCUGAUCUUAUCAUUAUUUCAUGCACAUUUUCCAUCUCCAAACCAUAUAAACUUGAAUGAUUAUUGGAUUUAAUCAUUUUCAGGUGGUAUGUAUUUGUGUAAUGAGGGAGGGUGUUGCGAAAGUGACUAACCUUAUAUCAAGGUGUGCAUAAUUAUUAGGCAGCUUCAUUACCUCAGGUAAAAAGAGCCAAAAGAGAUUUAACUGACACUGAAAUGUCAAAUAUUGUAAAAUGCCUUUCAGACGGAUACAACACUCUUGAAAUAGCUAAACUAUUGAGGCGUGACCACCGGAAAAUCAAACGUUUUGUUGCGUAUAGUCAACUGGUGCACAAAAAACAUCUGGAGAAGAAAAGGUGCAAAAUUAACUGCAAAAGACUUUAAAUAAGAAUUAAAAGUGAAGCUACCUGAAACCCAUUAUCCUCCAAUGCUACCAUAUUCCAGAACUGCAACCUACCUGGAGUAUCCAGAAGUACAAGGUGUAAAGAGCUCAGACACAUAGCCAAGGUCAAGUAGUCUGAAACACAACCACCACUGAAUAUAUUCUCAAAUUGAAGCAUCAAGAUUUUUCAAAGGUUUAAUGGACAGAUGAAAUGAGAGUGACUCUUGUUGGACCAGACGGAUGGGCCCAUGGCUGGAUCAGUAAUGGACACAGGGCACCACUUCGAGUAUGAAAAUCAACUCACAAACCUACUGCCAGUUUCUGGAAAGUACAUUCUUCAAGCAGUGGUACAGGAAGAAGAUCUCAGCAUUCAAGUAGGCCAUGAUCUUUUAUGCAGGACAAUGCUCCAUUACAUGCAUCCAAAUACUCCACUGCUUGGCUAGCCAGCAAGGGCCCCAAAGAUGCCCAAAUAAUGACUUGGCCCCCUUCCUCACCUAACUUAAAUCCUUCUGAGAACUUGUGGGCCCUUCUCAAACAUGAUUUACAGUGAGGGAAGACAAUACAUCUCUUUGAACAGCAUUUGGGAGGCUGUGGUUGCUGCUUCAGCGAAAGUUGAUCGUGAGCAGAUCAAGAAACUGACAGAAUCCAAGGAAGGGUGGCUAUAUUGGUCACAAUAUUUUUGAAAGGCCAAAAUUUUUAUUUAAUUGUCAUUUUUUGUGACUUGUUGCACCUACUCUAAAAUUUGAGAAUAAACAAUUGAGUUGGGAGAAAUUAUUUUUGUAAUUUAGUUGCCUAAUAAUUGUGCACACUAAUAUUUGUCUAAUAAUUGUGCACACUUAUUCCCCUGAGAAAGACAAAACUCACUUUUUCUUUUUAAAACAUUCAGUCAUUGAGUUUCAAUCAAUUUUGGAUUAACUGAGAGCAUUGUGUUUGUUUAACAAUAACAUUAAAAUACAAUUUGCUUAAUAAUUGGGCAUGCAGUGUAUCUCAACAUGCGCACAAUUCGCAUAUUAAAAUUAGAUAUCAGGAUGUGGUUCCCAUGGUAGCUUGUGAAAUCUAGCAUAUCUUCCUAUAAUUUGGCUGAAUAAGAGCAUAGUGUUUUAAUACCGUUUUAUCAUGGUCCUUCCAAACUUGAAAAGUGUUUUGAUUAUGGAUUCUGGGAAAGAAAGUUUUGAUUACUGGAAACAGGAAGAUCCAAAAAAAACAAAAUUGGACUCAAACAGGGAAAUCCACACCAAAUUCAAAGGCAUUUUCUGAAACCAUUUGUAAAUAUUCCACUGUACAGAUAAACAAGAAAUCAAUACUUUUUUAUUUUGUCUGCACAUUUGUGGUGUGGAAAAAAACACGUUAAUGUGUAAAACAUGUUCACGAAGAUCAAACUAGUAUAUCACGUGUAGUCUUUUUUGCUAAUGUAAAUAUUAAUUCACACUUUGCACCUUGAGUAGUAGGCCUACAGUACUAUGUGUCACACUUCAGCUUUUGCAAUAGUUUCAUUUCCUCCCCCGUUAUCUCCAAAUUGUUGUUUAAUUUAUUUAGAGAACUGAAACUUUUGGUUUGUACUUAAUGUAUGAACCCUCACAUAAUGUGAUACUCUUCACCUAAUGUGAAAGGAUAUUCUUCAGAUUUAGAAAGGAAAUCAAAAUCUCAACGUAUAUGUGGCUGUCUUCAUAAUCACUGGAGAAAUUAACUGUAUUAAAACUAUUAAGUCCUUUAGGCUCUAAAAUAUGGUCAAUAGACAGACAUCGCAUACAAUAUUAUAAUUAAAUAACUUGCAUAUCUUACAUUUUGGUCACUUAAUUGCCCAAUCUAUUUGAAUGCCAUUCAAGAAUGCCAUGAGUAUUUCUUUAAAACAGUCAUUGCUAUUUUAUUAUUAUUUUUGCGCUUAAGAUCUUCUGAUGUAUUUAUUUCAAGCUUUUCUUUUCAUUGGAGUAUUUAUACAUACAUAUUUAUGAGACAUUCCUUUUCAUUAAAAAACUAAAGUUAGAGUAAACCUGCUUAUGGUUAAAUCGCUUUAACAAAUGAUGUUUCCUACAGUAUUAGGAUCAAUAAAUGAAUCAUUAAAGGAACAGUUCACCAAAAAAUGACAAUUCUGUCAUCUUUUACUCAACCUCAUGUCAUUAAAAAUCAACUUGAAAAGUCAGGUAUCAACUGAUAUUGUAUUGAAACCAGUGAAUGGAACAUCUUUUAAAAUAUUUCCUUUUGUGGUCCGCAGAAGAUAGAAAGUGAUAUGUGUUUGGAACAACAUGAUUGGGAGUAAAUUAUGACAGAAUUUCAAUAUUAGGGUAAACUAUACCUUUAAUGAUGCGACUGUCUCUAUUAUUGAUAUUUUGAUAUUACAUGCACUGAUAAAUGCCAAAAAAAAGUUGUUUUUUUAAUACAGAUUCAUUCUCUUUGAAAUCUCUCAGAGUGUGAAAUAAGUUACAUUAUAUGAAAAUGAAUCAAUUUUUUUUUAUGUCUCAACACCUGAAACAAAAGCAAGACCUUACUAACAGGUGAUGCCCAUUUUUACCAGCACUUGUGAUAAAUGAAAUCUAAUAUAUAGGUUAUAUUACAUUCAACUGUGAAAAUUGACUGUUUAUCUCUUGCUAGUUUGGGAUUAUCAAGCAGUUUCUUUUAGUAUUAGCUCACCAAAAGCUCAAACUGUGAACAGAUUUUAUUUGAAUGUUUUGUGCAUGGAAUAGAUAUUAUGUUUAUUGUCUUCAUUUCUCCUCAUCUCUAAACACAUUUCACUCAACCUUAAUGCUUUUGACUUGUAGAGAAUAUAUCUUUAUUCCCAAGGGGGAUUUGGGGUCUCUUUGCUGUGCCUUUUAGUAGAACCAAAGACUGACAUUUUUACAUGAAUAUAGUUUUGUAAGAAAUAAAACCUGGGUUUUAUUUACCCAAUAGGCAUUAAGUGCAUUAUAGACCAAAAACAAGCUCUGUUUUAUGCUAAAGACACAGUAUUAAACACGGUACUGUUUUUAGAGGCUCACCUCGAUUUCUUUACAUUUACACAUUAAUCAUUAUUGCAGACUAUCAUAGAACUGUAAUUCAGAACAAUGUGAGUAAUCCUAUUAUUUUUAAAUCCAGGAAAAUAUAUUAAACAUUACAAAAUGCUUUCGUAAAUUUAUUUUAGUACAACCAGUUAAGAUAUUAGGUUUACAAUCCUGAUUCUUAUAAGUGCAUAAAGAUUUAUGUAAAUUGUACUAUCAAGUUAUGUAAAGAAUUUCAGAUUCUUCUAAAGAAAUAUUUAUUUUUCUAUAUUUGAUAUAGGCCAAUAAUAAUAAUAAUAAUAAUUCUGUCAAUGACAUGAGCAGCCCAGUUGAACUAACUUUGCAAUUUUAUUUUUUUCUUAAUAUUAUGUUAUGUUCUUCAAGAAUGUAAAAUGUCCUUCCACAUUUAUGCUUUUUCUGCGUUCAGGUUUGCUGAUAUUGAUGGCAGAAUACCAUCAAUGGUGCACAAAUGUUCAGUAUAACUCUUUUCUCUCCCUUGGAAGUGAAGGUUUUAUCUUAUUUCUUUUGAAUUCUCCAAGGGAAAAUAUAUAUACAUAUGACAAAAAGCUUUUGUAUUGCUUGGCCACUGAACAACUUUACAAUAUAAACUGUCUGAAUAUUUGUCUACACCACUGUAUUACUGUUACGAGAGUUCAAUAAACAAAUAUAAAACUUACAAAAUUGACUUCAUCAGUGUUGUCUACUGUACAGUGGUGUGCAAUAAUACAUCACCCAAGUCAAAAUUCAUUUUUUUCUUCUUAAAGGGAUAGUUUACCCAAAAAUGGGUAAAAAAAUCUCAUUUUUGUGUGAACUAAUCCUUUAAAAUUUGCUUAACUGUUUACAAUGACUACGUUUACAUGGACACCAGAAAGCAGCUUAUUGCGAGAAAUCAGCGUUCCUGUUUACUGUAUGAACGCCAUACUCUACUCUCAUAUAAACGCGACUCUGUCAGUAAGCAGCUUUCUCCACAGCAAUGUAAUUUCCCAAUGACGCUUGUGUAAAAAACAAACAUGGUAAAAUAUGGAGUUGCUGCUAUGUUGUUUUCCUUACCUUUCCAUCAUGACCUGCAGGAAAACUGCAAUAGUGGAGUUUUCCCUCUUACAUAAAACUCUGGGAUUCCCCCAAUGUAUAUAUGCAAACGUAUGGACUGUUGAUAAUUUACAUUGGUGUGUAUAAAUGGGUAUCAUUUCUAGUGAAUGUGCCUUUUCCACUGCACUCUUUAAAAAUUCUGAUUUCUUUCCACUGUAUUGACUUGUUGCUGUGCUCCAUCCAAUGACGUUUGUUCUCCGGUGUGUUCCAUGCACAUGUGCACUCCUCAUAACCUGUUAGAAGUGCGCUUAUGUGUUUAUUGCGUUCUCUGGGAGAAACCUAGGUGUGU